AUGGCUAAUUCCAUUGUGCAGAAUCCCAAGGUAUGUUUACUCGAAACCGAUUUCUUCACACAGUUCGAGCUGAAAGUUGAUGAGGUCUUGGACAAGGGGAUGUGUGGGGAAGUCAUUCUGGCCAUACCCCUGGCAAAACCUGAACUCAGGAGAGUUGUGAAGAAGUUCUCACUCCUGGAUGAAGAAAAUAAGAUCAGAAGUAUGCAAGCAUUCCAGAACGAGGUGCAGUUCAUGCAAUCCCUGAAUCAUCCUUACAUCGUCAAGAUCCUCAUUGCGGGGCAGUGCAAAGAUUACCUCGCCAUAUGUAUGUAUUACUAUUCUCGAGGAACUUUGGAUAACUACGUGGGCAUCCUGAGUUUGGACCUGUCAGAACUGUGUAUCAGCCAAGUUGCUUGUGCCCUAAGAUACUUGCACAAAAAUAACAUUGCCCAUAUGGAUGUGAAAUUGGAUAACAUUUUUCUUGAUGAUGACUUUAAUGCCAUCCUUGGAGAUUUUGGGUUAGCCGUUGAGCUUCAGCCUGACCAAAAGACCUUGCCAAAAUCAGUUUGUGGGGGAACUACUUGCUACUAUGCUCCAGAAAGAAUAGGGUCACCAGAUGACAAGCAAUUGGAUCCUUAUAGGAUGGACGCUUUCUCUCUUGGAGUGUGCAUGUGGGCUGCGAUGUUGGGAAGGGACCCUGAUCACGAUAUUGACUACUACUACGAAGCCACACAAAACCAGGACCUUCCUGCAUACAUCAGAGAGCUGUUGUUGAAACUGCUGGACCCAAACCCUGGGAAGAGAUUAACAGUUGAUGGGUUUUUGCUGAGACUGAGACAGAAGGGCAUUCACAGACACCUUAUUGACAGUCAUUAG